AUGGUGUCCUCCCACAUCAUACGCGUCCCUCGGACGGACGAAGAGGGUGCGUUUGUACUGGGUGAGGUGACACCGUCGGGAUCCAAGCCACUGAACAUCAAGUUUGUCGCCACCGAGGGCGAGGAACCCUAUGUGGUCAAGUUAAGGCACGACCGGAUUGGUGAGCUGAGGGCUGGUAGCAGCGCCUGUACGUCGGAGGAGUGGGAGAGCAUCCUGAAGGCUCUCCUUCUCGGGGCUGAGCCAAUUGAAGGGAUCGAAGCCGGUGCGGAGGCCAAUGUGGGCAAGUCAAUUACGAUCACCAUCAGGCGGCGGGUUGCUGGCAUCAAUCAACGUCUUGGUUCUCUGACUCUUAACCACAAGGAAGAUGAAGCCAUUCAACUGUUUGACUGGUGCAGUGGUGCGGCGAUGCAAAGGGAGAAAUUCCACGAGACAGCAAUCGCUGAAAAGGCUAAAGUAACCGAUCUCGAAGCCCGCAUCAGCGAGCUGAGGAAUCAGCUGGAGGAGCUCACCGAGUCCAAGAAAACUAGGGAGACUGAGAUGCUGGAGAAGUUUUGCGGACUGCUUAACGAGAAGAAGGUCAAGAUUCGCGAACAACAACGUCUUCUCAGCACUGCCCAGGUCGACCCGUCAAAGCUUGAAGCAGUACGCGCCUCUCAAUCUAUGCGUACCCACAUUACAGGAGACCGCAAACCCGCUGAGUCCCGGCGUGCAAAGCGCAAGGCGCUUGAAAACGCCUCUGGCGGGGGAUCGUCUUCGGACUCGGACGACGGUUUCGAAAAGGUGACGGCCAGCGCCGCCGCUGAAAAGAUGGACAUCGAUUCCGAGGAGCCAUCACCACGGCAGGCCGUCAAGGAGAGCCCGGAGUCUGAGGACCGUGACACUACCGAUGGCGAAGCAACGGAAACCGGGAGCGAAGCGGACGAGGAAGAGUCCCCGCCGCCCAAGCCUCGCCAGCAACAAAAGCCGGCGGCUGGGCCCGGCGCAGCAGCAACCAACAAGGCGGCAGGGAAAGGGAAGGGAGUCGUUAUACACCCCCCAAGGAGACCGGUCAGGAAGGCCAAGGCUGCUACGCCGCCACCGGCCGAGGACAACCGUUGGCAACGUCGUUUGUUUAGGGUUGCUGUGGCAACAUCAACAAGUCCAGCGAGUUCUGGCGCGCUUAAGUUGGAGAGUUACCAAGACCUACAGCCCCUGAUACUUUUGCCGCGACGCCCACGAAACCAGAAAUUUGCCACGAUAGAUGUCGACAGCAAGACGACGCAGUUCAGGCAGAAGUACAUCGAGUACCUCAAUGGCGUGCUUGACAAAAUCCAGGAGCUUGAUGAUGAUGUCUGCAUCUUAGGGGAUGAGCAGCUUGCGACACUCAACAUACGAAGGGCAGAAUCUCUCGACAUCGAGGAACAGACAGUGGAUUUUGGACGUCGCUUUUUUCGCCCUCGUUUUACGAUUGACCAGGCGCGGCAGAAGACUACAGACUUCAUUGCCGACCACGAAGAAGAACUUUACCAUCACGUCUGGCCCAAAAGAUGCCGGCGCGGAUCCUUCGGUAACGACGCGUUUGGGAGGGCUCAGAAUGGGAGUUUUGGCCUCAGUAUCGCAUCUCGGGUAACCUUCCAGGGCACUCCCCCCCUGGUGCCCGAGUUGGGAACCCUCCACAAGCCUACUCAUUCCAAAUUCGGCCGUGUGACACAAUUCCACUUUGACGGUCGAUCUCUCGUGCUGCGACAGUCUCGCCUCCUCAACUUCCGAAGCGACGAACCAACCGUCGAUGCAUACCACAUGAUCCGCUGGAUGGCCAACCAACCAAUGGGCGAAACCAGGUUCCGUAACCCGCCGGCGGCCGAGGACAGCGAAACUGAAUCAGACGUUAAGUUUCCUUGA